UGUGAGAUGUGACUUAAGAGCGCGCUCUUGAAACAAGAACAAAAACUGACGGCUCAGACACGCACACGUAGAAAAACACCACACAGAGAAGCUUCUGUCCCUGAUGAAGUAACACAGCAGGACCCUGCAUGGUGUGGACGUCUUUUUUUUUGUGAAGCAGGAUAUCUUGUGAGGCUGAGCCGGACUGAAAAGGUCAGGUAGAAAAGCUGGUUAGACUUCACUGCCAGCAUGCUCCGGCAGUCUCUGAGCAUCCUGAAGCAGUUUGGCUCUCUGGCAAAGUCACAAGAUGCCUCUGAACUUCUACACGAGGACCUGGUUGUGGUGGACCAGCGAGUGGAACCAGCCAAGAAGGCGGCUCAGGUCCUAUACAAGAAGCUGCAGGGCUGCAUGCAGAGUCAACCAGGACUGGAGGCCGAAAAACGGAUGAAAAAGCUCCCCCUGAUGCUGCUGUCCAUCAGCAUGGCCGAGAGCCUCAAAGACUUUGAUGCAGAGUCCUCUAUCAGGAAGGUGUUGGAGAUGUGCUGUUUCAUGGAGAAGAUGUUGGCCAACAUGCUGGCAGACUUUGAGAUGAAAGUGGAGAAGACAGUUCUGGAGCCGCUCAACAAGCUCAGUGAGGAGGAUUUACCAGAGAUUCUCAAGAACAAGAAGCAGUUUGCAAAGCUCAGGACAGAUUGGAACAAUGCGAGGAGCAGGAGCCAAGCCAGCACUGGUCCCCAGGCGAAGCAAGAUGUGCUCAGGGAGGAAGUGGAAGAAGCUUGGAGGAAGUUGGAGAACAUCAAGGACCAGUACUCUGCAGAUCUGUAUCACUUUGCAACUAAGGAAGACGACUACGCUAACUACUUUAUCCGUCUUCUCGAGCUACAGGCAGAGUACCACAAAAAUUCACACGAGUUUCUGAAUAAGAACAUCAGCGAACUCAAAGAGAAUCACAGUCAGAAAGGGCCACCGCUAAGCCUCUCUAACCAUAAGGUCUACGGGGAGCCUCUGCUCUCUCAUCUAUUUGAAAGCAACAGGGAUAUCGCUGUGCCCAUCCAGGAGUGUAUUCACAUGCUGCUGAGAACGGGCAUGAGAGAGGAGGGUCUGUUUCGUCUGGCAGCAGCAGCCUCAGUGGUGAAGAGGCUGAAGACCUGUUUGGAUCAAGAAACGGUUGACCACAGCGAGUUCAGCAUGGACCCUCAUGCUGUGGCCGGUGCUUUGAAAUGUUACCUGCGAGAGCUUCCUGAACCUCUAAUGACCUUUGAACUCUACAAUGACUGGUUUAAAGCUGCAGGGGAAAAAGACCUGACAGAGAAACUGGAGCAGUUCAAAGUACUUCUGAAGAAACUGCCACCUGAAAACUACAACAACCUCAGGUACCUGGUCCAGUUCCUGUCUCUGUUGUCUGAGCAGCAGGCUGUAAACAAAAUGACACCCAGUAACAUUGCCAUCGUCCUGGGGCCAAACCUGCUCUGGCCGAGAGCCGAAGGGGAAGCUGCUCUGUUUGACAUGGCAUCAGCUUCUUCAGUCCAAGUGGUGACGGUCAUUGAGCCUCUUAUUCAGUACAGCUCCAGCCUCUUCCCCGAAGAUAUAUCCUUUGAGAUCCCAGAACUGCCCGAGAUCCCUGACGGGACCCUGUCGGCUCCUGUUGCCCAAUCUCUGAUCUCAGAAAAGGAGAAACUGAGCAGAACAGUCUCCUCCUCAUCGUCUACAGCCUCCUCCUGCUCCUCUUUUCACCUCUCUCUCUCAAAGACAAACAGCACAGCCUCUCAGGACAGUGGUGGUUUCUUCCUUGUGAAAUCUGGCUCUCUGAGUCGCAGCACCUCCACUUGGGCCAGCCCUGUAGCUGAUACUACAACACUUCAAAACAUAACAACCAGCAGCUCGUACUCCCUCGACCCCAGCCCCACUGUGGCCCCCAACACUUCUGCUGCUGCCUUAAGCACGCCAGAAAACCAGGGCCCAGCUCCGCUUCCUAAAUCAACAGGACCAAUAGCGCCAAACCCAGGUCAGAUGAAGAGUCCCACUCAGAAGCAGUCCACGGAUCAGGGCCAGCUGGAGCCAAUUUUGGAGGCACCGCCAGACUCUCCCAGAGCAUUUGUGAAGAUCACUUCACCGUAUAAACCAAAAAGAUCUUUCAACAUGAACAAACCUAUCCAACCAAACGAGCAGUUGGCAGUUCAGUUCUCUAAACCCAGACCACCAGGACCUCCGGGACCUCCGGGACCUCCCAAACUCCAGGCCUCUCCAAUCCCCACCAUAGCGGACAAAAAGGCCCCGCCGGUACCCGCACCCCGAACUCAGUCCAUCAUCAAAAAGCCGCCGCCGAAAAAGGCUGGACUCAAAGCCCCAAACUGCCCCCCACCACUUCCUCCACUAUCACAGGCAAAGGAGGUUCCAACUAUAGCACAGUGAGAAAAAUGACAUAUGUGUCAUUCUUUAAUGGUGUGAGUUAGCUAACCUCUGAAAGAGGAACUCUGUGUUUGUUUGUUUGUUUGUUAAACUCUGGUAGUUUAACCUGAUAGUUGUGAUGUACAGAUGUACUCCAGGACCCUGUGAAAUCACUUUUGGGUGUGGUUACAAGCGCAACAAAACAUACUGACCACGUCAAACCACACAUUUAAGUAAGGCUGGAUCUGAAACAGGGUUGGCAUUUUCAACCAGAGAGGUCUGCUGUUAAGUUACACUUUAAACAUGCAAGUACCUUUAAUGUAGCUUUAAAUAAAUUUGCAUUGUUCAAUAUUGUCAAUAUGUGCUGUUCAGUAUCUUCCAGGACUCAUUUUAAAUUUUUUAAAAAGUGUUGCCGCUUUGUUAAGUUCUUGGUCCGCCAAUGUUUCUGUAACCAAUAUCAUUUAUUUAUUCUUUAGUUACUGAUGUCCUAUAUUUUCUAAGUCUUGCUGGUCAGAAACAAUAAAUGAAUCCAACGCAG